AUGAGGUUCUCGACUCGCUGGCCUACCUUGGCGUACGAGCCUGCCAGCUCGCUCGGACCGGCCGUCCGCCAGUGUGCCGCUUACGUUCCGUCGUGUUCGGCCUAUGCACUGGAGGCGUUGCGAGCGCACGGAACGCGGCGCGGAGUCUGGUUGACGGCUCGCCGCCUAGCCCGGUGCCAUCCGUGGGGUUCGAUGGGGUGGGAUCCGGUGCCCGCGCCCAGGCACCGCGGAGAACCUGCGAGGGUGAUCGAUGCUUGA